GGGACUGGACAAAAACAACAACAACCAUUUCUGGAGACGGGGGAUUGUGGAAAUUUCCGCAAAACAAAAUAAAAAUAGCAUAGACCGAAAACAAGGGCCAGUGCAAACUGCAGAGCAAUGCACAAAGGUGCGCCACCCUGGCAAAAGAGCCUCCACAAUGCCAACGAAGCAGUGGCCAUGGAGGUGAAAGGAAGAAACAAGGUAGUGGAAGAAGAAGCAGGAACAGCAUCAACACAACUGAUAAGACAAGAAAUCUCUGGAAAUCCCAAGCGGCUAUUACUCUUGGGACUUUUCCUGUUGGCCUAUACGAUUCCACUGCCGUCAUGCCAAGCUACGCACAUCAGUGGGAGGUUCCAGACCGCAGACUUUUUCCAGUUCCUGGUAAAAUUCGGCUUCAACAAGGCGGACCCCCAGAGGAGAAAUCCCUACGGAUACAUAUAUGGAAAUAUAACCUCCACGGACCACUAUGCGGCCCCACUGACGCUGGCUGUUUUGGAUAGGAGUACUUUCGUAGAUUUUUAUAGCAAUCGUAGUCAGCGGAGCAGGGAAGCAGCCUGCGCGGGGAUGUUUUCGCGACUGCAGCACAUAGCUUACGAUGCCAGGUGUAAUCCACACGCCAAGAGGGACUUCCUUAGGCACAUACCCUGUCCGAAGGGCGAACUCUGCAGCGACGAGGAUGCGCCGAGCAACGUUAUACCCGGUUUCCAGUUUACCUACGUUAUUAACUUGGAGGCGGAGCCCAGAUUCUGGUACGUCUCCUUAGUAGCCUGCUACCAGAACCAAAGCACUUGCCAGUGGCACGCGCACGAAAGCAUCCCUCGGCUGAGCAACCUGAGUAGCAAGCUGCUAAACACAAUAAGCUACGACAUCCACCUGGUUAACAUUCAUCCCAACAACUCAGCCGCACAUCCCUUGACCUACCAGUUCCCCUAUGAUCAGCAAAAUCUGCUGGAGAUGUACCUCGUUUUCCUUCUGGUUUACAUUGUUCUGCUGCCCCUCCAAAUCUACGCAGUUAGACGCCAGAAGCAUCCGGUAACGAAGCUGUUCACCCUAAGUCUGCUAAGCGAGUUUGUCAGCUUGGCUCUGAUAACUGCCCACCUGAUACGUUACGCGGCGAACGGAGUGGGCGAGCCGCGACUGCAGGCGGCGGGAGAUGUGCUAGAUAUUCUCAGUCGCACCAGUUUCAUGCUUAUUCUGCUGUUGUUGGCCAAAGGCUGGGCGGUGACAUGGCAGCAGAUCAGCCGAACGGGCUGGAUCAUUCUCAUGUCUAUCUGGGUGCCAUAUUGCGCGUUUCAUGUGUUCCUAUACAUCUGGGAUAGGACGGAAGUUGAUGUUGUUUCCGAUAUAGACGAGUACCAGACCUGGCCGGGAUGGAUUGUGCUCAUACUCCGCACCUCCUUUAUGAUGUGGUUCCUGUACGAGCUGCGCAACACCAUGAAGUACGAGCACUCCAGUAAAAAACUGGACUUCCUUUUGCACCUGGGCGCCUCCAGCUUGGUAUGGUUUAUUUACCUGCCCAUCGUGGCCAUUGUGGCGCUGCAGGUCAGUCCCAUGUGGCGCUACAAGCUGCUGCAAGGUAUCACCAACUCGGCCGACUGCAUGGCCUACUGUGUGAUGACUGGCUUACUGUGGCCACACCGGGCGGGUCAAUACCUGCUCUUAGCGGGCACCAAAUAUGCCGGCAUGGAUGAACUAGACGAGUUCAACGAAGCGCCGCACAUCGUCAGGGAGCGUGAGAGGCGGCGGAACUCGCCACCCGAUGAUAUUUCCAUUGGCACUGGGAGUGGAGGCCGGGGCAUGGUCUUGUCCACUAGCAUUCCACACUCCCUCAACGGUGACGCGUGCAACGAUCUGCUGGAGGCCGAGGAUCUGGACGCAGAGCUGCUCACCGAUCUUAACAAAAACAGCCACAUUAUAGCGUAGAUGCAACCCACGGGUUAAACACUAUUUGUAGUAGUCAAUUGUGCUAAAAUGAAGCAGGGAUUGUUAGUCAUCCUGUCACAUAACCAUAGAUAUAGCAGAGUAAGAGUAGAUUGGUUUUACAGAGGGUCAUCUACACAUCUACACUGUAACCACUCUGCGCUAGUUAUCUGCGUGUAUAUUCCACAUAGUUAGUAGCCACCUACAACGAAGUCUAGCGAAGAUUGUUGUGUGAUUCUUAUUGUAAUAUGCUUGAAUUUAUAAUUAGUUUCUAGUGUUAUGGUAAUGCAUAGGACAACGAUUCGAUUCGAUACGCUUCAGCAUCAUCAUUCGGUUGCUUAGGCUUACAUUUUAAUCGAUCACCGACUCUACCUAUAAAGAUAAGCGCAUCCAACAAAAACCAAGCGGUAUUCGAUAAGAACAAACCAAACAAGAAAAAAUAAAACAUGAAACGACGAAGCGAAGAUAGUGAAAUAAAUAACUAAGUUUUAGAUAAGUACAACACUAGGGUCUUUGAUUUGUUUCCCAGGUUGUGCUACUGAUUAGUGGCGCAACUUCUUAUCGCUUAUCAAACGGGUUUUGUGAGUUGGAACUUUAAAUACUCUUGUACCCAAAUAUUAGUUGCAUUUAAUUAUUUGGUAUUAGAACCUUUCAAAAUUGAAAUUAUGUUGAUUUUUGUUUAUUAUGAAUUUAUUGACUUUAUCUGAAAUGUAUUAGUUAUUUUAGGCUCGAAAUUCUUUAUUUUUUUGGAGAUUGUACUAUACUACUUGUAAUAAAAGUCUACUUUGAUUAUA